CUUUACAAUUAUGUCACGUUUGCUUUUCCAAAUUCCAGCUCCAAAGUUGUGCACAUGUACCACCCUCGAUCUCACCUUUUCACACUACUUGCACCUAUACAUCUAAUCCAAAUCAAACACUAACUAAUCCACAAUCCCAACAAAAAUUACUUAAUUAAUCACAAAAACACUGUACAGGCAGUAGCUAGUACUAUAUGUUCCACUCUAUUUUAUUCAAGAUUCCAUUCUUUCCAGAUGGGAUAUAAUCCCAUCACCUAUUAAAUUCAUAUAGCUGCCUUUUCUCAUAGACAUAACCACAAAAUUUCUUCAAAACUUUCUUGGGAUUGUUUGGGCUGAGAUGGGCAUAACUGGCGAGCUUGUUAGAAGCGUCUUCUCCAAAAGCCACUCCAUCCCGAGGCAUGAAAAAAGGAAAUGGAGUAGCUCAGUGCGGUCGUACUUGUGCGGCGACGAGCACAGCUCGCUUCUCGCCGCCGACGACUCGACCUCGGUCACGGUGGCGACCGAGGCGGAGUUUGCUUCUUUUAGAAGCAACGUCGCAACAGAUAAAAGUACGGGGACCCGAGAUGCUUCUGCGGAGGAGGACAGCUCCGAGGCCACCGUCGACCAGCCGUCGCCGGCGGAGCCCAACUCGAGAGAUGAGAAGCGAAACUCAACCUACAAACUCUUCCGGCAAGAAGAUGCUGCGUUGAUCAUUCAGUCAGCAUUUAGAAACUUUAUGGCGAGGCGGGCACGUGACGAGGAGAAACCUGCACGUGACGAGUCUAUAGGCACAUCGGUGGAAGUCCAAACUGGGCAUUCUUACUCGAGCGACGACGUGCGCCGCGCCAUACGUCGUCGGACCGGAGCUCAAGUGCUCAAAAUCCAGGAAGAUUGGGAUGAUAGCACUGUGAGCAGUGUGAUAUCGAAGAUGAGAAUGCAGAACAGGCUGGAAGCAGCAACUAGGCGCGAGAGGGCUCUCGCCUACGCUUUCUCACAACAGCUAAGAAUCUGCUCGAAGAAGCAGAGCAGUGGCGGCGGAGGAGACGAGGCGAACAUGGGGUGGAGCUGGCUGGAGCGAUGGAUGGCGGCGCGGCAGCCGGAGAUGAAUAAGUUGAUGGGAGCAAUGGAGGAGAAGGAGAGCUGUGGAUCUAAUGAGGUUUCUUCACUAGUUGAAUUCUCUAAUUUACCUAUCUCACUCCCCAAGAAUAUUCCAAAACCAACCAACAAGGCUAGGACUCUGGCUAAAAGAAGCUUCUCUAGGCAGAGCUCCACAUCAAGCCAUUUGAGUCCAAAAGAAUCCAAGGAUGUGAAGAAAGUGAUGUGGCAUGUGGAGGAAGAGAAGGAGAAGAGAAAGAGACAAAAGCAGCCUGGAUUUAAUAAGAGAGAUGCCAAGAAUGCCACUGCUCUUGAAGUAGCAUGAGGCAGUACUGCAAUGAUUAAUUAAUGGAGUUCAAGUUUAUCAAUUUGUAUACAUAUAUAGUGUGUCGUUAAUUGUAUCUCGAUCCUUUAAUUUCUUGUAUAUUAUGUCGCUUUGAUCAAUAAUAUUAAUUUGCUGUUUGA